UUCUCUCGACCCCUUCUCCUUGGUGAGCUUGGUUUACGAACGUCACAAAAAAUGUCUUCCUGCAAAGACCUGUCUUGCCGACCCAGCCCGUGUUAUCCUGACAUAUGCCCAGAUCCAUGUGUUGUUGCCCGCAAUGAGCCUUGUAUCACCUCGUGUGCAGAUUCAACAGCAGUGGUCUAUCCACCACCGGUUUCCGUGCUAUUCCCAGGACCAAUUCUCUCUUCUUCCCCUCAACACAGCCUAGUGGGAAGCACCUUACCAGCUCUACCCUAUGGAGCUAGGGGCUCAUUUGGGGGUGGUGCUUUGGGUGGCCCAAUUGGUUAUGGUAGUGGAUAUGGGGGUGCUUUAGAGGGUGGUUAUGGUUAUGGGGGCUUAAGCGGUUAUGGAGGCUCAUAUGGUUAUGGGGGCUUAAGCGGUUAUGGAGGCUCAUAUGGUUAUGGGGGCUUAUGUGGUUAUGGUGGUGGAUACGGGGGUGGCUAUGGUGGCUUAUGCGGGUAUGGGAGGAGAUAUGGUGGGAGGUGCUAUUCUUCCCGCCGUGGAAGCUGUGGCCCAUGUUAAACCCAGAAGAAAGAACCACGGAAGAAGAAACAACCAGGAAAUGAAAGAGACGAGAGAGAUUCACCACUCAACUACAACAGUACUCAAAAUCAGUGGGGGUUUUGGCUGUUUGUCGACUGUAUAAAUCAGGCCUAUCUAUGCUUUCCUCUUGUUACCUGUUACCUUAGCUUUAUGGUCUAUAUUGUUUUGCAGUUUAGUCUCAUGCUUAUAUUGUUCUUUGUCCUAUUUGAUGCUGAGGAGAAAAAAAAAUGGUUUAAGACUGGACAUGACUGUCAAACUCUACAGCUUCAAGAAAGAGAGCAGAAUAGCUUGUGUGAAACGCAUCACCUUGGAGCCGGUCACUGGUUGUAGCUCUUCUUGUAACCCUGAAAAUACAUUCUUUGUUCUCUGCAUUAAUUCAUUCUGUAAGUGCCAACUGCACUGCUCAUUCCCAUUAAAAAUUA